AAAAAUUUUACAUUAUACAUGUCUUAUCAAGGAUCAAGCCUUAAUUAUUUUGUGGUAUUUCUUUUGGUACUAAAUGCUUGUAAUUUUAUUCUUCCAAUUGACUGGAAUAGCGACAUUGUUCCAAAUCAGGCAGAAUUAAACGCUCAAAAUAACGAUGCAUUAAGCAAAUACUUUGGGACUGACAUCAAUAAUUUAGAGAUUUUUAGAAGUUAUGAAAUUAUGCAGAAGCUUGUUGGCGAGUUUAAAGAUGUGCCGUUAGAAAAGCAGAAGAACCACAAUUACAAAGAAAUGACUUCUUGGUUAAAAGAUUUGGCUGAUCGUUUCCCUCAUAUUACUUAUUUAUAUUCAAUUGGCCAAAGCAUAGAUAAGCGUCAACUUUGGGUACUUGUUGUUGCAAGAAAUCCGAGGGAGCAUGAGAUAUUAAGGCCAGAAUUUAAAUAUGUUGCAAAUAUGCAUGGAAAUGAGGUUACUGGUCGAGAAGCACUUCUGUAUUUGGCUUACAUACUUUGUGAAAAUUAUGGCAGUAAUGAAUAUUUAACGCGUAUGCCUUCAAUGAAUCCUGAUGGUUAUGAAAUGGAUAAACCUGGUGAUCGUAUCGGUUAUUUGGGCCGUUCAAAUGCGGAUAAUGUUGACCUAAAUCGAAAUUUUCCUGCUCGUUAUCCGAUGCAUAAAGAAGCGUCCGGUGGGAUGACAACUCAACCAGAGACAAAAGCUGUUAUGCAAUGGAUGACCGAAUAUCCAUUUGUUCUUUCUGCGAAUCUUCAUGGUGGCUCUCUCGUCGCUAAUUACCCUUAUGAUGAUUCGGAUACAGGCGCAGAUGGCAUAUAUACAGCCUCAGCAGACGAUAAACUUUUUGUACAAUUAGCCUUUCAAUAUGCACGUGCUCAUACAAAUAUGUGGUUAUCUGGACGUCGUUGUGGACUAAAUGAUAAUGGUGAUACUUUCCUUCAUGGAAUUACCAAUGGCGCUGGUUGGUACCAUCUUUCUGGUGGGAUGCAGGACUGGCAGUAUGUGCACACAAAUGCUCUUGAAAUUACUGUUGAAAUGGGUUGUUUCAAAUUUCCAUACGACGAUAUGAUUCCAACUUUGUGGAAACAGCAUCGGUUCUCUUUGCUCUCAUUUAUGGAAUCUGUCCAUAGUGGUGUGAAAGGGGUUGUUCAUGAUGCCAGUGGUGAAAAGCCAGUUUCUGGAGCCGAGGUAACAAUUAUGAAAGGAGGAAAAGGAAAAGCUGUGACAACAUCACUUAAUGGUGAAUAUUGGCGUCUUUUACCACCUGGAGAAUAUAGCCUACAAAUUUCACAUAAAAAUUUCAAACCUUAUCAAUUUGACAUAACUAUUGAUUCUGGACCGGCAAAGGUUGUUAGUAUCAGUAUGAAAGGGAUGGAAUGUGAUGGGGAAGAUAUUCCAAAAUUACAACUUUUUGUUCGUGGUAAGGGUCCUCUUAAUUUAUUACUUGUUGGUUUUGACUCUGCUGCAAAAGGAUUACUUACGCGUUUGGUCAAUCAUUCUUGUCCUAUGGAUGAAAAGAAACGAUCAAAAUUGGCUUACAUGCUUCUUGAAAAUGUUCGUCUUCAUAUUGUUACAGAAUAUAGCCAAACUGAUCAACUCUUGCAAUAUAUGUGGAAUAUAAAUGCUGAUUCCCUUCUUAUUUUUAGUGCCGGCCCUGCUCAUUCAACAAUAUUUAAUGCAGGAGAGAAUACACCAAGACUGUUUAAUCAAGAUAAAUUCGAUCAAAGCUUGAAGGAAGUAUUUUCUUCACAAGAACAGUUCUCUGAUAUGGAUUCAAAAACAACCAAUUCAUUUAGUCCAAUAAAUUCACGAAAGAAGGUUCUUCGACCGAAUUGUGAAGAUCGUUUAGGUCAAACCAAAACGGCGUCAAUUAUUGAUGAAAUGAGACUUGGGCGAAUUUUUGAAUUGGGUAUUGGAAUUGGAUGUGAUUUUGAGAACUUUUCCUCAAAAGAAGAUAUUAUGACUACUGGAAAAAUGGAUGCAGCAUUGGAUGCUAUUAUAGAGGUGAUGCUGAAUAUUUCGAAACAAGACAAGGUACUUGAAUUUUCUGUUGUUCCUUCCAUUGCCCCAACUGAUCAUUUCACUCCUGCUGAAGUUCAGACGGUAACACAUUAUGGCUACGAUCGUCUUGAUCAAUCAUCAUCUUGCUCCGCCAAACUAAUCGAAAUGGAUGGUGUGAAGCUUCGAUCUUUGGGUUCACACAAUGGGCCACAUACACUAAUUUUAUCUGUAGAAAUGAAGACAGAAGCGUUAGUUUAUCAUCUUGGGGCUAGACUUUGUGGACAAGGACCUGUUGAAGGAUUAACAACUACACCUACCAUUAUAGACGAGGAGAUGAGACAAGUACAGCGUAUUUUGGAGUAUUCAACCAUUGUUUUGGCACCAGAUAUCCCACAUACACAAUUGAAUUGCCACGACUACUUGACCAUUUCUCCGUUUAUUUCAUUGAUUACGCAAAUUAUCAACUUGGUACCUGAAAUUGAUUUUGUUAUCGUAUUCGAUUUAUUGACGUGCGCAGGCAAGGAACUGACAUCGGAAUGA